UCAAAAUUGAACGCGUAGGAUUAUUUGAAGGCCCUCCCUCCCACCCUCACACACGCAAAGAAGAGGACUGUGAAGAAGCAAAUGGCAGCAAUUCUACCACCAUUUCCGUUGCGUUCCGUCUCCCCAAGGCUUCCGGUUCCAGGUCAACAAGCUUCCCUUGCAAGUCAUCUAGUUUCCAAGAAACACAUCUCCUUCAAAGUUCAAGCUGCAAAGCUUCCUGCCGGGGUGGAUUACCCAAAGGAACAGCCAAAACUUGAGCCCCCAUUUCUGGGUUUUACAAGAACAGCUGAAAUAUACAACUCCAGAGCUUGUAUGAUUGGGCUGAUUGGAACUUUCGUUUUAGAAAUGAUAUUGAAUAAGGGAAUACUUCAGGCUAUUGGGAUUGAUGUCGGGAAAGGCCUUGAUCUUCCAUUAUGAGAACAUAUCGGUGUGUUUUCCAUUGAAGCUCCCUUGUAAAAGCACACUGUUUUUAUUGGUUCCAUUCAAAAAUGUUUAAAUCUGAAAACAGCACUACUAGUCUACUACUACUGUCAUCUAAAUAUCCUAACACAGACACAUAGACACAUACAAGG